GUGAAAGUAACCGUGCAGAGUAUUCCCAGAUCUCAUAUACGAAGGCAACCAGCAGAUCUUAUACAACGCUCACACCAUACAUUUCAUGGGAAUCGGUUGAUGAAUCUUUGACGGGCUUAUGAAAAUUACAGAUUUUUUCCCUUUAACACCUGGCAAGGACACAGAAGACAAGUCUGUCACCUCUGGAAUUCAAGGCCAAAGAAUGUCUCAUGGUGCAAACACUGGGGUGUUAUCCAUACAGACCCCUAAGAAGAGGAAGGAGAGGUUUACUGACCAGGAAAUCCAUGCUCUGGUAGAUGCAAUCUUGGAACACAUAGAGCAGUUGUUUGGACGGAAAGCAGCCAAUGCUGCAGGAAAAGCUGCAAUCUGGGAUGAAGUGGUAAGAAGAGUUAAUGUGCAAGGUAAUAUUCAGCGAACACUUCCAGAAUGCAAAAAGAAAUGGGAUGAUUACAAAAGAAAAAUUAAGAAAACUAUUAAUAUGACAAAGUCAUCGACUGAUAACAUAUCUAUGGAAGAAAGGUUGCACAGAAGACAAAUGACAGUUGCAAAAUUUUUCAAAUGGGACAAAGAAGGCACCAGCGCCACACAGCUCCUUAACAACUCUCUCCUGGAUGAAGGUGAGAUGCCCGAUUCAGAAGAUGAUUUUAUUGUCAAUCAAAACGAAGAAAUAUCAUCAGAGAACUUGACAGUGGAUAGCCCUGAGGAUAUGUGCAUUCCACACUCAUCUGCUGCUGAUGAUCACCAUCACACAAAACCAUUAACGGAGGCAAUACACUCACCUGACACUUUAUCAAAGCAAUCAUUUGAGCACCAUAAAACAAAACCUUUAAAAACAGGCAUACAUUCAUCUGCUGAUAUAUCAAAACAGACAGUUGAGCGCCAGAAAAAAAAAACUUUAAAAGAGAACAUAAACUCAUCUGCUGAUGUAUCAAAACCAUCCAAGUACCAGGCAGCUGAAACAUCAAAAGAAAUCAUAGAGCCCACAUCCACCGAGUCUCCUCAACAGCAAUUACCAAACUGGGACAGUAAGUUAGAUCAGCUUAUUGCCCAACAACGGCAAACAAAUGAGAUCCUCAGCAUACUACGACAGAGUGUAUCUGAAAGCCUAAAGCUGCAAAAAAGAAUGAGCCGUGUGCUAAAAACCAACUUUCUAGAGUUACAAAAAUCCAUUAUAUCCAAUCAGGAGAUAUCCAAUGAGCAGAGCAGAGCGCUGGAAAAUACGAUGAAAAGUGUUCAAGCGAAGAUGAAUGAAAUCAGCAACCAGCUUCGAGUAAAACAACUGCAAGAAUUCAUGUCCAGUGAUGACUCAGAUUUGGAUAUAGGUACCCCAAGAAUGCUAAGCAGCCCUUUAAAUAAAGAAUUGACACCAAGGAAGAAAAGAAAGCUGAAUGAAACCCCCUCAUCUUCUGGCUCUUUAAAGAAGAAAGGAAAGAAAAAUGUUUCAAAAAGCCAUUAAUGGGAAAGUUGUCGACACGCUACAUCUUCUGGGCAGUUAAAUGUUCCAAGGAUCCCAGAACAAUAACAGCCCCCGCUACUGGAAAUCACACAUGCGUUUCACUUCCUUCUUUCUGAGUGAGAUGAACUUUAGUCACAUUGACAACAGAUUUAUCUUCCUUUUAAUCAGAAAUUUCCUGAGAUUAUUCCAAGAAACCGGUGAAGACAAUUGUAUCCACCAUGUUUGAUCACUUUGAAAGACAUUUUAAAGAGGUGCAUAAAAAAGGUGCUCCACAUAUUAUGGAAGUGUAGCAUCAGAUUUUAGAUUAUAAAGUUCUAGAGCAGGGGUGUCAAACUCAAUUUCAUUGUGGGCCGCAUCAGCAGUAUGGUUGCCCUCAAAGGGUCAGCUGUAUCUGGUGUGCACUACGAGUGCAGGGUUCAGGGGAGCGUUAGGUACAGACAGAGUGCAGAGUUCAGGG